AUCACGUGACCUUGAACUGGCAUAUACUUCGGCGGCCUUCGUUAGCGUCGGUUUGAGAUUGAUUUCAUCAGGCAGCAAAGAUGGCAGGAGGUAAAGCAGGUAAAGAUUCCGGAAAGGCAAAGGCCAAGGCAGUUUCUCGAUCGGCCAGGGCUGGACUGCAGUUUCCUGUGGGACGUAUCCACAGACAUCUGAAGAACAGAACAACAAGCCACGGACGAGUGGGAGCCACCGCAGCAGUGUACAGUGCUGCUAUUCUCGAGUACCUCACAGCUGAAGUGUUGGAGUUGGCAGGUAACGCCAGUAAGGAUCUGAAAGUCAAACGUAUAACACCACGUCACUUGCAGCUCGCCAUUAGAGGAGACGAAGAGUUGGAUUCCUUAAUCAAAGCUACAAUUGCUGGUGGUGGUGUCAUUCCACAUAUUCACAAGUCACUCAUCGGCAAGAAGGGCACACAGAAAACAGCUUAAAGUGUUCAUGUGAGAAAAUUCUUGGAGCUGAACAAAAGACUCUACCUAAAUGUUGUGCAAAAGUUGAUAUAUAGAGAGACUAUGACUUAAUAUAACUUAGCAGACAUUUUUAUCCUCAUCUUUCACCUCAUCAAAUCCCAUUUCUUUUUAUUUUAAUAGUACAGUGUCAGUGUUUUUGUCGAGUUUUAUUAUUAUUCAUGUCCAUUUAUCAUAAAUAAAUUUUAAAAACCAACUUUCUUAUUCAAGUGACAACAAAGAUUUAAAUGGGUUGCUGUUUUGAAUGUAGAAGUAUCUUAGAGACGUAAAGUGUUAAAAUAAAUAUGGAUAUCUAA